AUGCCCUCCCUGUUUGAGCCUAUUAGCAAGAAUUUGGUCAAAGAGCUUGGAGACAAAGACCUGAGGCCUGUCAAAUACCUGUUGAGCACCAACAAAUUCCAUCAGCUGGUGCUAUUCUGGAAGAAGAAGGGGACGCACGCACAGUCCUGGGGACAACCUGCUGUUCCAGUAGAAUACACCCUCACGGAUAUCCUGGAGCCAAGUUCCUCAGUCCCAGAUUUCAAGCACCUACGAAAGGAGGUUUCCAGGGAAAUGGAGGCAAUGGCCCAGCUCCCAAAGGACAUUCAGGAUGCUAUUCUCCAUAAUAUCCUGGCCAGGCUCAAGGACUGAGAGGCUCUGCAGGACCUCAUGGACUUGUUGGAUCGGAGCCCCUUGGAUCAUCUGGACAGCUUUGGUGGCACCUUCCUAAGUGAGAUGCAAGAGGACUCAAGAAAUCUACGGCUCAAGUUAAGACUGCACAUCAUUUCCCUCCUUAAAGCCAUACUGGUGCUGAGUGACACCCAACAUGAGCUACUGGCCUGGUCCAUGGAAAAGAGGAUCCUGCUCCAGAAGCGGGCGCUGGUGAAGAGCAUCCUGGAGCCCAAUUUCAAGCACCCUUGGAACAUCCCCUUCACCCUGGACCCCAAGCUCCUCACCCCGCGGCAGGUAGAGGGGUUGGCUGUCACCUUCAGCCUGCUGGAGGAGUGCAGCCUGAGGGUGGCUCCCGACAGCCCCAAGGGGACCUGAGACCUGGAGGCCAAGAAGCCCUUGUUCGCCCUGUACGGGUCCCUCUCAGUGCUGCAGCAGCUGGCCGAGGCCUGA